AUGGGCAAGACCAAGGAAAUCAAGGCCAAGGCCUCCAAGUCAAAUCCUCUGUCUGUUAAGAAUGCCGGCGUCACCAAGCCCGCACAGACUGUCGAGGCCAAGUCCAAGAAGAUGGCCAAGGACAUCGCCAGCAAGGCUGUGAACGGCAAGAAGCGCAAGGUCGAGGAGUCUGAGUCCGAGUCUGAGUCCUCCGAGUCUGAGAGCGACUCCGAGGCCUCCAGCAGCGACGAGGAGUCUGAGGACGAGGCCCCCAAGAAGGCCCCCAAGAAGGCCCCCGUCACCAACGGCAAGGCCAAGGCUGCCGCCGCCAAGGAUGAGUCCUCCGACUCCAGCGACUCGUCUGAGGACGAUAGCGAGGACGACUCCGAGUCUGAGAGCGAGGCUGCCGUGGUCAAGACUAACGGCGCCGCUAAGGCUGAGGCCGAGUCUGAUUCAUCCGACUCUUCUGACUCCUCUGAUAACGACAGUGAGGACGAUUCUGAGGACGAGGCUGAGACUAAGCCUGCUGCCGCCAAGGCUGUCAACGGCAAGGCAAAGGCUGAUGCUAGCUCUGACGAAGAGGAAGAUUCUGAGAGCUCUGACGAUUCCGAGGAGGACUCAGACGACUCAGAUGAGUCUGAUUCUGAGGAGGCCGAGAAGGUCGAGGAGCCGUCCAAGAAGCGUAAGGCUGAGGAGGAGGUUGCUACACCCUUCAAGAAGACUCGCACUGAGGACUCUGACAAGAGCGCCACUCUGUUCGUCGGUAACCUUGGCUGGAAGGUCGAUGACAACGUUCUCUACGAGGAGUUCCAGGGUUGUGGCGGCAUUGUCGGGGCCCGCGUUGUCACAGACCGUGAGUCUGGCCGUUCUCGAGGCUUUGGCUACGUCGACUUCGACUCUGCCGAGAACGCUGAGAAGGCCCACGCUGAGAAGCAGGGUGCUUUCCUCGAGGGCCGUGACAUGAGACUCGACUUCUCCACCCAGAAGCCCAAGGACAACACGGACUCACCUGCCGGCCGUGCCAACGACCGUGCCAAGAAGUUCAACGACACCAUCAGCCCAGAGAGCGAUACCCUUUUCGUCGGCAACCUGCCGUGGAGUGCCACCGAGGAGUCCGUUUCCGCCUUCUUCAACGAGGCUGCUAACGUCAAGAGCCUGAGACUGCCCACUGAUAAGGACACUGGUGACUUCAAGGGCUUCGGCUAUGUGAGCUUCCACUCCGUCGAGGAUGCCAAGGCUGCAUUCGAGGCUCUCAACGGCGGCUUCAUUGACAACCGUCCCAUCCGUCUGGACUACUCCCAGCCACGACCUGAGCGCACUGGCGGCUUCGGAGGUGGCCGUGGCGGUGGUGGAUUCGGUGGCCGGGGCGGUGGCUUCGGUGGUGGCCGCGGAGGCGGUGGUGGUGGUUUCGGUGGCCGAGGUGGACGCGGUGGCCGUGGUGGUGGCCGUGGUGGCUUCGGCUCUCCUCGUGGUGGAGGUGGAGGUGGCUUCCAAGGCAAGAAGAUCACCUUUUAG